AUGGCGACUCUUGAUCGACAAUCGUUGGUUAUAGGUCUUAUCACCGGAUCACUUCUGACCGUGAUAGCUACCUUUUACCUGUAUAAAGAGAAAGAAGCCAGCGCAAGAAGUGUUGUUGAUGGUGUUGAUGGGCUAAUUGGAAACACACCUCUUAUGCGAAUACGAAGUCUUUCUGAAGCGACUGGUUGUACUAUAUUGGGCAAGGCGGAGUUUCUAAAUCCGGGAGGGAGUUCCAAGGACCGUGUCGCACUCAACGUAAUUCGAUCCGCUGAAGAGGCCGGUAUACUUAAGCCACAUCGAGGUAGCACGGUUUUUGAAGGCACCGUGGGAUCGACUGGUAUAUCGAUUGCAAUGAUCGCGCGGGCACGUGGAUAUAAAGCUUGGAUUGUGAUGCCGGAUGACCAAGCUCAAGAGAAAUACCAACUUUUAGAAAAGCUUGGUGCCACAGUGGAAAAGGUGCGCCCUGUCAGUAUUAUUGACAAGAAUCAAUUUGUAAACCUGGCACGUAGACGAGCUGAAGAGUUUGGCGAGGGUGAUGUAAAAGGUUACUUUGCCGAUCAAUUCGAGAAUGAGUUCAACUUUCGUGCGCACUAUGAGAACACUGGUCCAGAGAUAUAUCGACAAGUGGGGGACAAGUUGGAUGCAUUAGUUCUCGGAGCUGGUACUGGAGGCACUUUAUCAGGGCUUGCUAUGUAUCUUAAGCCUCGCAUCAACAAGCUCAAAGUUUUCCUGGCAGAUCCAUUAGGUUCAGGAUUGUUCAACAAGGUUAAAUACAAUGUCAUGUAUGCACCACAAGAACAGGAGGGUACGCGAAAACGUCAUCAAGUGGAUACGGUUGUCGAAGGCAUUGGCAUUAAUAGGCUGACAUACAAUUUUAACAUGGGACGCCAUCUCGUGGACGAUGCAUUCAGGGUAAGCGAUGAAGAGGCUGUCAAAAUGUCCCGCUUUCUGGUACGAGAAGAUGGCCUAUUCCUUGGAAGUAGCUCGGCAGUAAACUGUGUGGCUGCUGUAAGAGUGGCAAGAAAGCUUGGUCCCGGUCACGUGAUCGUUACGUUGUUGAAUGACUCUGGCCAACGCCAUCUCACUAAGUUCUGGAGUGACGAUUACCUGAAGGCUGCUGGCAUUCCCUACGUGUUGGCCAACAAUGAAGGCCUCGAUGACUUUAUCGAAUAG